GCGCAUUUCGAGUGAAAACAAAUGUUGGCCAACUUUAAUUACAGCCAGAAAAGUGCCAGCGGCGGAGAGCAGUAGCGGAAAUAUUUCGGGUAGUCCACACCAAUGAUAAGAUAAGUGGCUCCGAUCGCAGCACCCACCACCAGCCGGAGCAGGAGGAGACGAAGGAGACCGAAGCGAGAAGCUGUGACCCAUCUUCCAAUGAUAGUGUGGAGUCCGUGGCAAUGGACAUUAGUGUGAUAGCGGAAGGAACAAACCCAAAAAACAGUAACCAGCUAGUAGAACAAGUGAAGGUCAGCAGGAGGUAGACAGCCAGUGAUCAUGCGAAGCGGGAGGAGCUAUGCCCAGCGGCAGACAGAGACCCUGGAGGGAAGCUUCGAUCUGGAGGAGCCCGAGGAUUCCGAGGCGGAGUGCGAUACGGAACAGGGAGGCGCUUCAGGGCCGCUCAAGGAUCAGGAGCAGAGGAAUCUCGGAGAGGAGACCGGCGAGCAGACCGACACAUUGAGCUUCCACAGCAACAGUUCCACGCCCACCACCGCCGACGUGGCCGAUGUGGACGUGGAGACGAUCAGCUCCCUGCCACUCUCGCCGCCCGGCUUCAAGGAGCGCGCCGGCAGUCAACUGGUCAAGCGGCACUCUCCGCUAAAGGACAAACAACUGACCAGCACGGACACGACCAGCUCCAGUGCCAGCACCAGUUCCAGCAGCAGCCAGCAGCCGGACCUGGACGAUGUGCCCACGGUAAGCGGCUGUCAUCGACGCGAAGUUCAGCCCUCAUCCACUACCAUUUCCGAUUCUGUGAAUCCUCCACAGUCGUCGAGAUAUGCAGCCGCCGCCGCCCAUCCGAGUGCAGCGUUUGCUGAGACGGCGGCCAGCUCGUCCGUUCUGUGUGGAGGAGGAAGCGCUGCAAUCGGCCGGACCAGCGGCGGAGGUGUCGGAGGCGCUGCCCACCGGCGCACCCACUCCGCGGCGUCGUACAUCUCCAUGCGGUCACUGGCGGGCAGUACAGAUCCGCAGCAGCCGGAGCGGCCCAAACGGAAUCGAUUCUUUGAGUGGUUGCGGGUGGCCUGCAACAUCUGCUGCUGCAAGAGUUCCGGAAUCGGCGAGCCGAGUGUUCAUCAUGCGCUGGUUGUGAUAUUCCUAGAGUUCUUCGCCUGGGGCCUGCUGACGAUGCCCAUAAUAUCGACCCUCAACCAGACCUUUCCGGAUCACACAUUCCUGAUGAACGGCCUGGUGAUGGGCAUCAAGGGCAUCCUCUCGUUCCUGUCGGCGCCCUUGAUCGGCGCCCUGUCGGACAUUUGGGGCCGCAAGUUUUUCCUAUUAGUCACAGUAUUCUUCACCUGCCUGCCCAUACCGCUGAUGUCCAUCAAUACGUGGUGGUUCUUUGCCAUGAUCUCAAUAAGCGGCGCCUUCGCCGUCACCUUUUCGGUGGUGUUUGCCUACGUGGCGGAUGUCACCACGCCCGAGGAGCGCUCCAAGGCAUACGGUCUGGCCUCGGCCACCUUUGCCGCCAGUCUGGUCAUUUCGCCCGCCCUGGGAAAUGCCCUGAUGGACUGGUAUGGUGAUACGCUUGUGGUGGCUCUGUCCACGGCCAUAGCGUUGCUGGAUGUGUUCUUCAUCCUGGUGGCCGUGCCGGAGAGUCUGUCGGAGAAGAUGCGGCCUUCGUCUUGGGGAGCGCCCAUCAGCUGGGAACAAGCAGAUCCCUUUGCGGCUCUGCGAAAGGUGGGAACCGACAAGACCGUCUUGAUGCUGUGCCUCACCGUGCUGCUCUCCUAUCUGCCCGAGGCUGGCGAGUACUCCUGCAUGUUUGUCUACCUGAAGCUGAAAAUGGGUUUCAAUUAUGUGGAGGUCUCCAUAUUCAUAGCCAUCGUUGGCAUUCUCAGCAUCACAGUCCAGGUUACCCUCGGCUCAUUUAUGCAGGUUUUCGGAGCCAAGCGCACGAUCAUUGUGGGCCUAGCCCUGGAAAUGGUCCAGCUGCUGUGGUACGGCUUUGGUAGCCAAAAGUGGAUGAUGUGGUCGGGUGGCGUUGUGGCAGCCCUGGGCUCGAUCACCUAUCCUGCCAUCAGCGCCUUUGUGUCGCUCUAUGCAGCCCCCGAGAGUCAGGGCGCUGUUCAGGGCAUGAUUACGGGCAUGAGAGGCCUGUGCAACGGUCUGGGUCCGGCAGUAUUCGGUGUUAUAUUCUACCUGUUCAAUGUGGAUCUGAACGAUGACCAUGAUUCGCACGCCAGGAGCAGCGGCAGCCGGGCGACGAACGUGGAGAAGUUCUCGGAGCAUGUGCCGGGUCCGCCGUUCGUGUUUGGCGCUCUGUGCGUCUUCUGUGCCAUAAUUGUGGCCGCUUUCAUUCCGGAGGGCCAGCAGACCAACUUGGAGAAGAAACGUGCCUCGCUCGACGUCCAGUACGAGAUUGAGACGGGCCACAAAGCGCCCAGCUCCCUGGCGCCGCUCAUCCGCUCCGACUCGCUGGCGCAGCUGUAGUAAGGCUCC